UUUGAAGCCUUGAAAAGCUACACACACAUUACAGAUUCUAAUUGACCUCUUGGUUUUUCCGACAGCCGCCAAGCCGUUAAUGGGAGCUAAAGAAUUUCUUGAGCUCUUUGAUUUUUGCUGGUAUGAGAUGGAGAUCUUCAAGAAACAAUCAAAUUUUCAUCAAUCGUCGGGUUUCCAUAGAAACCCAGAUCAUCAAAAGCAAGAAGAAGCCCUGAAACCAGGGAUUUACAGAGUUCCAACAAUCAUUUCAAGGUCUAUGAGCGAUCAAUUGUUGCCUAAAGCAAGCUUUAGCUCUGACUUUUCUCAGUCGCCGGACUCUGUUCUCCUUACGCCAAAGCUGAAAACAAUUCGGUCAGGGAAAGAAAUUACAGAAGAAGAGACAAACAUUUCUGUACCAAUACAAGAAUCGCCCAAAAGAAAGAGUAAAAGCAGGAGAAGAGGGAAGAAAAUUUUGAGCAAGAGUUUAUCAGAAUUGGAAUUUGAAGAGGUGAAAGGGUUUAUGGAUCUGGGUUUUGUGUUUUCUGAAGAAGACAAAGAUUCGAGCUUGGUUUCGAUAAUACCAGGUUUGCAAAGAUUGGGAAAGAAAGAUGGAGAAGAAGACAGUAGUGGAGGUGAUAAAGCUGCCAUAGUUUCAAGGCCUUAUCUUUCUGAAGCAUGGGAGCGUUUGGAAUUGGAUAGGAAGAGGAAAGAGGAUCCAUUGAUGAAUUGGAGAAUUCCGGCAGUUGGCAACGAAAUUGAUAUGAAAGAUAAUCUUAAAUGGUGGGCUCAUACUGUUGCAUCUACUGUUAGAUAACAAAAAAUCAUUUCAAACUCUUGGUUCAAAGUUUUGUAAUUUUGAUUUUUGUUAUUAUUUUUCUUCUGCAAAUCUACACUUGUAAAUGAUAGUUUCUUUUUUCGAAUUUCACUUUGGAAACAUCGGUUUUUUCCUCGUUAAUCUGUUUUGCCUCGUGUUUGGGGAAUAGUGACAUGGGAUUUGAGAUUUCCCACCUUCCAGAUUCAGAAUUGAAAAUUCUAUCUGGUCUAGGUUUUUCCAGAUAAAUCUCAUGCACUAGUAGUUCAUUUGUAUUUGUGUCGCUUAGUGGAGUAGUAGGUAAAAACAACCCAAAAGAGGGAAAAAAAAACUUUUUAUGCUUUAA